AUGCCGUCGCCGGCCACUCUCAGCGCCCCCGUGGCCUUCCCCAAAAGCACCGCGUCGCCGGCGCCCCAUCCGCAGCCGCCGCCGCAGGACGUCGGCGCCGGCCGCGCCGGCAGCAACAGCCCCGUCGGCGCCGGCGCGUACGGCUCGCAGGGCAAGUCGCAGACCGUGUUCAUCCAUAAGCUCUUCGACAUGCUCGAGGACGCGAGCCUAUCGCACCUCAUCUGGUGGCUGCCCACGCAAGACUCGUUUUGCCUCUACCCCGGCGAGGAGUUCUCCAACGUGUUGGCGCAGUACUUCAAGCACACCAACAUCGCGUCGUUCAUCCGGCAGCUCAACAUGUACGGGUUCCACAAGGUGAACGACAACUUCCAGAACGACGACAAGCAGCAGGCCCAGGGCGGCGGCGCGGAGCACGGCGGCGCGGCGCUGGCGCCGCCGCAGACGCGCUGGGAGUUCCGCCACUCCGCCAACCACUUCCGCAAGGGCGACGUGGAGGCCUUGAGCUUGAUCAAGCGCAAGUCGUCCAAGGUGAUCAGCUCGCACAAGGAGAUCGUCAGCUUGAAGACGCUCCCGCCCACGUCGCACGCGCACGUGGACGACGCCAAGCCGGGCAAGCCGGCGGCCUCGCCGAAGCCCUACGCCGUGCCCAUGUACCCGUCGCCCUGGGCGCCGCCCGCCGCCAAGAACCACAUGCGCCAGCCCUCGGCCGUGUACGCGGCCGGCUCGCCCGGCAUGGGCCUGUACGCGUACCCGCUCUACGCGCCGCCGGUGGCGAUGCCGCGCCUGCCCAGCUCGCCGGGCCUCUCGGACCCGCCGCUCCCGUCGCCGUCGUACUUCCUCCACCAGCCGCUGCACCCGACGCCGCUCCUGCAGCACGCGCCCGCGUCGUCCGCGGACCAGGCCGUGCACUUGAAGUUGCUCGAGUUGGGCACGGCCGUCAACGGCUUGAAGGCCGCGUACCUGGACUUGCUCGCGCGCCACGAGUCGCUCGCCGUGCUUCACCAGCGCAGCCAGGCCGACGUGUUCCAGCUCAAAGAGCUCAUGGACAGGUGCGCCGCCGCCGCGGACGCCCCGAGGCGCGACGACGUGGUCGACCGCAAGUUGGCCAACACCCCAGUCAACCGCGUCGGCUCCCCGGGGCACGACGGCAUGUCGCCCACCUCGGUCCGUCCGCCCGCGUAUAAGGACCAGCCCCGCAGCCUGGCCACGCCCGCCGACGCCCCGGCGCGCCCGCCGCUGAAGCCGCCCCAGAGCUACCACCUCAGCGACGCGUCGCGGCCCGUGCCGGCGCCGGGCAUCGUGCCCCAGGCGUACCCGCUCAACCCGAACUACACCUUGUACAACAGCGGCGACGGUGCCGCAAGGCCCGCGGCCCCGCUCAAAGAGCUCAUGGACAGGUGCGCCGCCGCCGCGGACGCCCCGAGGCGCGACGACGUGGUCGACCGCAAGUUGGCCAACACCCCAGUCAACCGCGUCGGCUCCCCGGGGCACGACGGCAUGUCGCCCACCUCGGUCCGUCCGCCCGCGUAUAAGGACCAGCCCCGCAGCCUGGCCACGCCCGCCGACGCCCCGGCGCGCCCGCCGCUGAAGCCGCCCCAGAGCUACCACCUCAGCGACGCGUCGCGGCCCGUGCCGGCGCCGGGCAUCGUGCCCCAGGCGUACCCGCUCAACCCGAACUACACCUUGUACAACAGCGGCGACGGUGCCGCAAGGCCCGCGGCCCCGGUGGGCGACGAGCCGCUCCCGCUCGCGGCGCGGCCCGCUGCCAAUCGACAGGUAUCGGUCUUGAUGGACCCGCUCCAGCCAGCGCCGCCGGCGGGCGCUGCCCGCAGCACUCCGCCCAACGGAGGCCCGGAGAAGCCUAAGGACGAGGACCCGCAGCCCUACGUGCAGCAGUACCAGCCGUUUGCCCCUGCGCACGCGUACUACCAACACAUGAUGCAGGACCAGAGCCACUUGCGGACGACGUCCUUGCCCGUGAUGCUCCACCCCCUCCCACAGCAGCUCGCAGCCAGCACGCCGCAGCGCCACCUGAUGAACCUGUUCUACCAGCAGCGCGAGGAGCAGGCCCGCGCCGGGAUCGUGCGCCCGGCGACGGCGCCCAAGGAGCCCGGCUUGCUUGCGAAGACCCCGGUGAGCGAGCUGCACUUGAAGAAGACGUUGCCUUCGAUGGAGGAGCUCAACAAGUCGUUGCGGAGCGCGUCGCCCGCCGCGCGCCCGUUCACUUUGCAGCUGCCCGGGAAAGGCGAGGACGAGCAGCUGAAGAGACGGAAGGUGGAGGAGUGA